UGACCUUCAGGUGCUGCGGGUUAAUCUCGUUAGGCCCAUGGGCAUCUGCUGUGAAAAUCUCAGCAGACCUGUGCUGGCUGUGCUGCACUCUAGAUCUCUGUACCACCGGCAUGCAGAACCACCUAUAGGCACGCAGCAGGAUGUUUAAUUGGGUGGUGAAAGUGGUUCCCCAACCUCCUGAUGCUGCUGGGACAGAAGAAACUGCCAAGACCCCUGAUGCUCCACCCAAAAUCACGGAGGCUCCAGUGAAGCCACUUCCACCAAAAAACACAGAAGAGGUUUCAGAGGAUGGCCAUGCACAGACUGGAGUAUUAGGAUGGCUCUCCAACGGGUUUGUCAGUGCCCUGCCGCAGCCUUCGGGCAGCCCCAGACUCAGCAGAGCCAACUCUGAUGCCAAGUCGGGAGAAGAUGGAGACAGGUCUGGAGAUGACUGGGUCACUCAUGGUCUGACCAAAGUGCUGCCUCAGCCUGAUGAGAAGUACAGAGAGACUCAGAAGGACACUAAGGAUGAGGAGCACACAGAGGUGUAUGAUGUUGCAGCAAUGCCAGAUUUUGAUCCACUUCCACACAUCCCUGUGGUGGAGAUGGUGUCAGAUGAGGAAACGUCCGAAAUAGAGAGUAUGACCACUCACUUUCCUUCCAACAUGGUGACCUGGAUCAAACAGAGAGUUCCUCAGCCAGUGCCCCCUGGUGCUGUAUCUGUGGAUGCGCCAACCAAGUCGUCCCGCAGUUCUCUGGACAAAAUUCUGUCUCCACCACCUGAAUCCCUCAGUGGAAUCUCAUUGGAUACUGACAGCAAGGCUUCUGGUGUGGUCAACUGGUUUGUGUCAGGACUGGGUCUGAAGCUGCCUCAGCCUGUUACUCCAUCCAAAGAUGAAGCUAACAGUGCAUCUGAAGUAAUUCAGAAAGCAUCAGCCAAACUCAAACCUGAUAUGGUGCUGGAAGAUGUGGAGUCAGACAACGAAGGCCAGCAGAAAUGUGAAGAUCCUCCUAAAGCUGAAGCUCCGUCUGCACUCCUGGUUCCACCAUCACCUGCAGCCCAACAGCAACAGGAAGUGAAAGAAGUGACGCAGUCAGUGUCAGUGGCAUCACAGAAAUGCAGCGAUGCCGAACCAGAGCCACACCAUCAGAGAGUGCGGCAAAAAAUAUCUCUGGAAGAUGCAGAGACCCAGACGGGCCGUUGGACGCCAUUUAUUGAAAACAUCAAGAAGGAAGCUGAAGGGAUAGCACUGGCUACCAUGGAGAGCUGUUUACUUCAGGAGAGGCUGGAGAUGGCCCGUAUGGCUGAAGAGGUUGCCAGGCAGACAGCUGAGAUGGCCGUUAGACAGAUGGCCAGUGAGGGACAGUCCAUCAAGCUCUCACUGGGGAGUCAAGAACAACUGGAAGAGCCUGAAGCCGCGCUUCCAGUACCAGUGGAAGAGGAGAGCGAGGUGGAGCUCAGUACAGUCUCAGAGUAAGAAUUCAUAUGGAAAGAAAGCAGCCUCGCUCAGGAGGAGCAGAAAGUUGAGACAGAGGAACCUGCCAUAAAGCCAGAGCCAGAGGAGGAAGCCUCAAUCUCACCACCUCCAAGGAGUGAGCCAGUGAAUAACUCUGAGCCAAAGCCAGAACAAGCAAUACGACCAGAAUCAGAACCAGAGUCUGCACCAGAACCAGAAACCGAGACCCAGGAAGCUACUCCAGAAGCUGAGCCUGUCACCGAGCAGCCGCAGAAAAACGAAGAAAACGGUCAAGCUGCUAAUGCUGACAAGGCUCCUGAAAAAGAGGAGGAAGCUACUGACUGUGGUGAGAACUCCAACAUCAGCCUUCGCCCAGCUGUUAACGUAGAGGAUGUUGACUCUGAUCAUGAGAAAGCAGGAGGAGCAACAGGAGGAGGAGGAGGAGGGGAGGGGGAGGAGGGGAGGGGGAGGAGGAGGAGAGAACAAAUCCCCCAAAUCCUCACCCCACAGGACCCAAAAUUGACAACCCUUACUGUUCCUGUGACCCCUUCAGGAGGUCGUCAGAGUAAAGGAGAUAAAGAUAGUGGAAGGAACCGUAGGACUAUCUGGACAAAGAUAAGGAGGCUUCAUUCUGAAAGUGAGGAUGAUGAUGAAGAAGGAAGCAUCCCUGUCAGAGCCUGGCCCAGUCAGUCCAGCCUGCACAGCACAGAUGAUGUUCUAAAAGAACGUCCAGCAUCUUCUGCCAGUCAGACCAGCACGGUGGUCAAUGAGCGACUUCAGGAGCUAGUCAGGAUGUUUAAAGAGAGAACGGAGAAGGCCAAGGAGAAACUCAUCGACCCAGACAGCUCAGAUGAAGACAGCAUCAUCACCUCUCCUCCUCAGGCCCCAGCUCUUCAGCCUGCUCCUGGAGCUCAGCCACUGGACAGGGAAGAGAAUGAGAUGCAAGCAGGUCCAUCAGGAGGAGGAGUGGAGAGUGGGACAGAGGUGGAGCAGCCUAGCCAUUGCUGCAAGGUGAAAACACCUCGGUGGAUACAAGCCUGUAUGCAAUUCCACUUCCCUGCCAGCAUCGACCCUUUCACCAACCUAAUGUACGUGCUGUGGAUGUUUUUGGUAUCUCUGGCCUGGAACUGGAACGUGUGGUUCAUCCCAGUGCGCUCGGCCUUCCCCUACCAAACCCCAGACAACAUUUACUACUGGCUGUUGACCGACUACCUGUGUGACCUCAUUUACAUCCUGGACAUCACUGUUUUUCAGCCGCGUCUGCAGUUUGUGCGUGGAGGGGACAUAGUGUAUGACAAAAAGGAGAUGAGAAAGAAUUACAUGAAAACCAAGCGUUUCAAGUUUGAUGUGGCCAGCCUUGUUCCCCUAGAGCUCUUCUACUUUAAAACUGGCAUCAACCCUCUGCUUCGCUUACCUCGGCUGCUGAAGAUCCACUCCUUCUUUGAGUUUAACGAUCGCCUAGAGGCCAUCUUGACCAAAGCCUAUAUCUACAGGGUGAUCCGUACUACCAGCUAUCUGCUUUACUGUCUGCACUGUAAUGCCUGCCUCUACUACUUGACCUCUGACUUCAUAGGACUUGGAUCGACUGAUUGGGUGUACAACGGCGAGGGCAACAGUUACAUUCGCUGUUACUACUUCGCGGUGAAGACCCUGAUUACCAUUGGGGGCCUGCCGGAUCCCACCACCCUGUUCGAGAUCAUCUUCCAACUCAUCAACUACUUUGUUGGAGUCUUUGCUUUUUCAAUCAUGAUUGGGCAGAUGCGUGAUGUUGUUGGUGCAGCCACAGCAAGCCAAACCUACUACCGCAGCUGCAUGGACAAUACUGUUAAAUACAUGUCCUCCUACCGCAUCCCAAAAGAUGUCCAGAACCGUGUCAAAACCUGGUAUAACUACACCUGGCAAUCACAAGGCAUGCUGGAUGAGCAGGAGCUGCUGAUUCAGCUGCCAGAUAAAAUGCGCUUGGACAUAGCGAUAGAUGUCAACUAUUCCAUUGUGAGCAAAGUCCCUCUUUUUCAGGGUUGUGACAGACAGAUGAUUUUUGACAUGCUAAAAAGCCUGCGCUCUGUCGUCUACCUCCCAGGGGAUUAUGUCUGCAAAAAGGAUGAGGUGGGUCGGGAGAUGUACAUCAUAAAGGCAGGAGAAGUGCAGGUGGUUGGAGGCCCUGAUGGGAAGACGGUAUUUGCCACUCUCAGAGCAGGAUCGGUCUUUGGAGAAAUCAGUUUGCUUGCAGUUGGUGGAGGUAACAGGCGCACAGCCAAUGUGAUUGCUCAUGGCUUUGCCAAUCUAUUCAUCCUGGACAAAAAAGACCUGAAUGAGAUCCUGGUCCACUACCCGGAGUCCAAGAAAUUGCUACGCAAGAAAGCCAGGAAGAUGCUUAACAAAGGAAAGAAACCUGAGCCAAAAGAAGAGACUAAGGAGCCCCCUCAGGUGCCAGCAGCUCCUGUCAGGGCAGAGACUCCCAAACUGUUGAAAGCAGCUCUUGAGAUGACUGAGAGAUCCUCUGGACUUAAAGGAGCUCUGGCAAAAGUCAAAGAGAAGACCAACAAGUCCAGCAUCUCCUUACAGCCAUCCAUCUCCUCCCCUCUCCCACCUCCAUCUCCUGCCUCCAGCUUGGAACCUGACAGAGACAUGGACACGCCAUCACCCAUCUCUGCCAGCUCUGCAACAUUUCGCUCUGCUUCCCAGUGCCGGUACUCUGCAAUGCCACAGUCAGCAUCACUGUGCCACAGUGGCACAAUCACAAAGGAGGCUAUCAGUGAUGAUGAAGGAAAUGAUUGUGGGAAGAGAAUAGAAAAAAAGAUGUGAUUAUUUUCUAGAAGAUGAGUGAAAGAGAGUUGAAGGGGUGAAGGGAGGAGGGCUUCUGUCUGCACUUCAGCCUGAGAAAGUGUGAGAUAAAGCUGAUGAAGGACAUAAGGACAAUGAUCACUAAAUAAACCCUGCUGAGUACAAUGGGACAGGUCAGAGGAGAUUAUUGUGCAAAACCUUUAGCUUAUUGUUGUCAGGCUGAUUUGGACAACUAAAUAUCACAGCUGCAAUGUAUUCCAUCCUGUACCAUGUUGCACUGAUGGCCCAUUUUCUACAUCAGAGCCUAAUGCACUUAACACACUUUGUAUCCACUACAUGUUGUGACUGUCUUAAUUAUGUGUUUUAGUUUAACUAAUGUAACAGGAUCUACGAACCCCUUUGGAGUUGAGACACAUUAUCAUUGUCUACACUGAAUUUACAUCACAAAAUUCAUGGUAGCUGUGAUGAGUAAAUAAGUUCAACAGAACUAAACUUCUUGUUUAUCUGCGACAUAAAAAAAUGAGAAUGUUUUUGCUGUUGUUGUUUGCUGGAUGUUUACUAAUUCUUUUGUAAACUUCAAAGUGCAGUAUGCCUUAUAUGUUUGACUUUGCGUUGUGCUGGUGUGAGUAGUGCGCUGACUACUGUUUUUGAUUUGAACAAAGCUAUAGGGUAGUUAUAAAGUUAUUAGCAAAACAGUGGUCAAUGCAUGAAUCAAAACAUAUAUUACUGAUAUUUGCAUAUUGUAACAUAAUAAUGAUAGCAACUUAUCCUAACAGCAACACAUUUUACACCCUGAUACUGUAUAUAUAUAUAUAUAUAUAUAUAUAUAUAUAUAUCAUUGUAAAGCAAACAGUUCAUCACUGUUGACUAAAAUGUAGCUUAUUGAUGCAUGUAAUUAACACUUUACUACUGUUAUAUGUUUCCUUUAUACAAUAAUGUAAAUAUAUUUGUUUUUGUAUUUAUUUAGACUGCAAAAAAUUUAAUUUUGCCACUAAUGUUAAAUCAUUGUGCUGUUUGUGUUGUCACAAGAUAUACAUUUCCUUUAGAAAUGUUAAAUGUUUAAUUUGUGCUGUAAAUGCAUUAUGUAUCACACAUCAUCCUUUUUGUGUAUAUAUGUACUAAUCUUAGCCUGAGGAAGGGCCACAAACCAGCUAACCAUACUGCCAGACAAUCUGUAGAAAGGAGUCUAAUUUAUUUCUUCAGUACGAACAGGACUACAGCCGUGAAAUUAUCAUGGAUGAAGGCCUGUUUUUUUCUUUCUUUGUUUUUUUGUGUGAAUUUGAUUCAAAUAAAUAAAUUUUCAGCAUA